AUGUCCGUCAAGUUCCAGGAGGAAAGCGUCCGCACGGUCGCCCAUGCUGCCGGCAAGCCAGAGGAUCUGGCGCAUCGCAUCGGUGACCGAUUGACGGGUGGAAAGGGCCAGAUCGGCUAUCUUCAGGCCUACCUGAAGCAGCUGCAGCAGAACCCGCUGCGCACUAAGAUGCUCACCUCCGGUGUGCUCUCCGGUCUGCAAGAGCUUCUCGCCUCGUGGCUCGCUCACGAUGUCGGCAAGCACGGCCACUACUUCAGCUCGCGCAUCCCCAAGAUGUCGCUCUAUGGCAUGUUCGUUGCCGCCCCGUUGGGCCACGUCCUCAUCGGCAUUCUUCAGAAGAUCUUCGCUGGUCGCACUAGUCUGAAGGCCAAGAUCCUCCAGAUUCUCGUCAGCAACUUGAUCAUCUCCCCGAUCCAGAAUGGUGUCUACCUCUCUUCCAUGGCCGUUAUCGCCGGCGCGCGCACCUUCCACCAGGUUCGCGCUACCGUCAAGGCCGGCUUCAUGCCCGUCAUGAAGGUCAGCUGGGUCACCUCCCCCUUGGCCCUGGCCUUUGCCCAGAAGUUCCUUCCCGAGCACACCUGGGUACCCUUCUUCAACAUCAUCGGUUUCUUCAUCGGCACUUACGUCAACACCCACACCAAGAAGAAGCGCCUGGAGGCUCUCCGCAAGCGCUACGACCAGCGUCGCGGUCCCGAGCACGAGAAGCGUGACUACCCUUGA